AUGAAGCUCAUUCCCGAAAUUGUGGAAGAACGAGACAAGCUCCCCGGUGGUGCGCGGCGUUCGCCUGGUGAGGCAGUUGAGGUAAGAGGACAAUGUAAGCAAGGGGUCAUCACCGCCGCAGGUGGGAGUGAGGAUGGUGGAAAUGUCCUUCCCCGUUUGUUGAGUUUUAGGCAAAUGCUCCUCCCUGAAUCCCAUGCUGACACGGCUCUUGCGGCAGAUGUCACACGGGUCGAAGGGGUGAGUCUUGAACUCGGAGUCGGGGGAGUCUGUCAGGAAGGCCUGGAGGGGAGAGUUGGGGACAUUAUUGCCAUACUCACAAUCCUGCCAACCACCAUGUGA